UCUUCACCAAACAGAAACAUUCGGGGUCCUUUGGCUUCACGUGUGCUGGGUGCUGUGAAGGAGAGACCAUGCCGAAAUCUAAGAGAGACAAGAAAAUUUCGUUAACUAAGACAACUAAGAAGGGUCUGGAGUCAAAACAGAAAUUAAUCGAGGAGUUGCGGACAUGUGUGGACACGUACACCAACUUGUUUAUAUUCUCUGUUGCCAAUAUGAGAAAUAACAAGCUGAAAGACAUCAGGACAGCGUGGAAGCAUAGUAGAUUCUUCUUUGGCAAAAAUAAAGUGAUGAUUGUUGCCCUUGGUAAAGGAGAUACUGAUGAAUAUAGAGAUAAUCUGCACAAGGUGAGUAAAUAUCUGCGAGGAGAGGUCGGUGUACUCUUCACAAAUAAAACAAAGGAUGAGGUCCAAGAGUACUUCAGUCAUUUCAAAGAGAUGGAUUAUGCCCGAUCAGGCAACCAGGCUCAGAUGGACGUAACUCUGGAUGAAGGGCCCCUGGAACAGUUCCCUCACUCGAUGGAGCCCCAGUUGAGGCAGUUAGGACUCCCAACUGCUCUGAAGAAAGGAGUGGUGACACUACUGCAGGACUACAAAGUCUGUAAGGAGGGAGAUACACUAACCCCCGAGCAGGCUCGUAUUCUGAAACUUCUCGGCAUUGAGAUGGCAGAAUUCAAAGUGCAGAUCAAAUGCAUGUGGAACUCACAAACAUGCAAUUUUGAUGACUUUGCUGAAGAGGAUGUGACUGUUCAAGACAAUGAAGAGGAGGAUGAAGAUUACACAGAAUGAAACCUUUGCAAGCGUUUGUACAAAUUUGUUUUUAAACUCAUUUUCAAACAUA